AUUUAUUAUGUCACGACUCAAACAAUAUACCUGGCCAGGUUCAAGCUAUUCGACCACUAUCAAAGAUACCUAGUAGGAUACCCAAAACAGCUCUGUUCGACGCCUGCGAUGUCGAUUCACAUCCCACUCCCUAUCCCAACUCACCCAGUUGAGGCUUCGCCACUAUCAGCACUUACGGAAAAGGAGCAGACUUUAUAUGACAUUGUCCUCGAACACUUCUCUGCCGUAGAUUAUACGCUUCCAAAUGUCAACCAAGAGAAGGCUGCACUAAUAGUGGAUGAAAGGUUUUGGCUGUCAUAUGAAUGUCUACUGAGAUACCUACGUGCCACAAAGUGGGAUGAGAAUGAGGCCAUUAAGCGCUUGGAAGACACGCUAAAAUGGAGACGCGAUUUCGGGAUUUACGAUAAGAUCACGCCUCAACAUGUCGAACCAGAGGCAACGACUGGCAAAGAGUUCCUCUUUGGCUAUGAUACUCGGGGUCGACCUGCCCUUUAUAUGUGCCCCUCAAAGCAGAAUACUGAGGAAUCACCACGUCAAAUCCAUUAUACUGUCUGGAUGCUCGAACGCGCUAUCGAUCUUAUGGGACCAGGUGUUGAGACUCUUGCAUUGAUGAUAGAUUAUGCGGAUAAAGCCAAAAACCCGUCAAUCGCCACAGCUCGCACAGUGCUAAACAUUCUCCAGACACACUAUCCAGAACGCCUUGGUCUUGCGCUCAUUGCACAUCUUCCUUGGCUGUUGCACGCAUUCUAUAAACUAAUAACACCAUUCAUUGAUCCCCUCACUCGGCUCAAGAUGGUUUUCAACCCCGUUAUCACCGAAAAUGGUCUUUUUCGGACGGCUGCAGAUGCUGAAGCCUGGAGUGCCAAUAGUACAUCACGGGUAUUUGAGCCGGAGCAGCUUGUGCAGGAGGGUUGGAAUGGCUCUCAGCCGUUUAUAUAUUCCCAGGCUGUUUACUGGGAAGCGCUAGUGAAGCUAUGUGAAGAGAGGCGGUCUAGGAUGAUCGCGGCAUGGCAUCGCAUUGGGGGGAAGGUCGGUACUAGGGAGUGGGAAGUUAAAGUUGCCGUUAGGGACGAUACGAUGAACGUGCAAGUAGAUGCGGAAAAUGUGCUGGUGGAGGAUGGUCAGUUGCAGUCCUGAGAGAGCAGUAUUGCUUGUUCGCUGUUCUUUUUUGACACGUUAAUAUCAAUUUAAUCUAUAAGUCUCGA